AUGGCGCCGAAAAAAGACAAGUCGGGUGAAAAGUCUGGCAUCAAGGCGGUAAAGGGCGAAAACUUUUACCGCGAUGCCAAGGCGGCAAAACGCGUGAAGCUAUUAACAAAGCAUAGCUCCGCAACAAAGGCUACACGCGACCGCCAUGGAAAUGUACUCAAGGCCGCCGAGUUCCAAAGCUCGGACGCCGCGCCGGGGCGUGUGCAGCCAGAUCGGCGCUGGUUCAACAAUACGCGCGUCAUUGGGCAAGACGCACUGGAUCAUUUUCGGACCGCGCUUGGAGCAAAAGCGAGUGACCCGUACAGUUUUGUGCUGCGCCGCAACAAGCUGCCGAUGAGUCUUAUUCAAGAGCCUGCGCAAGGAAAAGCGCCCCUACUCACCACUGUCGAGCCCUUCCAGCAGACGUUUGGGCCUGGUGCACAGCGGAAACGCCCGCGUCUGGAGAUGGGGAUGAGCUCGUUUACUGAUCUCGCCGCGUCGAGUUCCGAACGUGCAGAGCAGGAAGAUGAGAAGCAGGCGGCGUGGGAGGCAAAGCUUGCCGGCGUGGGACUCGUCUCUGCCGACCGCGAGAUCCCGCUUGAGUCGUCAGAGCGCGAGCAUAUUUCGCUGCCGGAGGAGCUUUACUCUGCGCCUGUACAGCGCGGACGGUCGGAGCCGGUAUACUCCAAAGGCCAGUCUCGCCGGAUUUGGGGCGAGCUGUACAAGGUGAUUGACAGCUCGGAUGUUAUUUUGCAUGUGCUCGACGCGCGCGACCCUAUGGGCACGCGAUGCCGCAAUGUCGAAAAGCAUGUCCGUGAAGAAACACCACACAAGCAUCUCGUGUAUAUUUUGAACAAGGUCGACCUUGUUCCAACUUGGGUAACGGCCCGCUGGAUCAAAAUCCUUUCGCGCGAAUUUCCCACACUGGCAUUCCAUGCGUCGAUUAAUCAUAGUUUCGGAAAAGGAAGCCUGAUUCAGCUCUUGCGGCAGUUCAGCGUGCUUCACACAGACAAGAAACAGAUCAGCGUCGGUUUUAUCGGCUACCCAAACACGGGCAAGAGCUCCAUUAUCAACACCUUGAAAAAGAAAAAGGUAUGCAACGUCGCGCCAAUUCCGGGCGAGACAAAGGUAUGGCAAUAUAUCUCGCUCAUGCGCCGCAUCUACCUGAUCGACUGCCCAGGCAUCGUCCCUGUGAGUGCGCACGACUCGGAGACAGGGACUGUGCUGAAAGGCGUCGUACGUGUGGAAAACCUCGAAACUCCGAGCGAGCACAUCGCCUCGCUACUCAGCCGCGUCAAGCCAGAGUAUAUCAAACGUACCUACCACCUCGAUGCAUGGCACGACGCCGAAGAUUUCCUCUCGCAACUCUCGCAGCGAAUGGGCAAGCUACGCAAGGGCGGCGAACCCGACCUGGAUGUGAGCGCCAAGAUGGUACUCAAUGACUGGAUUCGCGGCAAGAUCCCCUUUUUUGUUCCUCCACCGCUUCUGCCGGCUCGUAAGGAGGAAGAGCACGGCGGAAAGCGUGUGCGUGGUGUAGAGCAACCGAUCCGGCAGAUUCCUGUUGUGCCCAAGUUCUCUGCAGAAGACGCACAAGGUGGCGUGCCAGAGGACUUUGUGCGUGAAGAUGCGCCAGAGCCGGAAGCGGCUGAUGCGGAAGAAGAAGACGAAGGUGACGACGACGACAGCAACGACGACAGCGACGACAACGGCAAAGAUGUCGAAGAUGUCGAGAUCGAUUUGGAUGCCAGUGACGACGACGACUUUGAGGGCCUGACGUGGGACGAUGUAUUCAACCCUGCAAAAGAAAAGGCCAAAGAAACGUCUACGAAGCGCGCCGUCAACGAUGAGCCGCGCGAAAAGCCUUCUAAAGAGCCGCGCAUGACUACGAGCAAACGCAAAGCUGAGAACUAUUACACGCACGCGAAUGUCAAGAACAAGAGCCGCAGCAAGCAAGCAGGGCUGCGCGAAGCAAGCGCAAAUCGCGAGCGCGAGCACAGCAGUCGUAUCGGUGCCAACAAGAAAACUGGCCGGACAGCGGCACCCAAGCGGCGCAAGUAG